AUGAUAUAUUCGCUUACACUAAUUAAGAUCGAUUCAUUUGCCAUCGGUUUAUGUACGGAAAAAGUGAAGUUUCCAUUCUCGUAUAAGAAUCACCACCUUUCAUUGGGUCGUAUCAGAUUUUUCAACUGUAAAAGGGAGAUGGAGCAUAUGGAGAGCACCUCCGCUAAAAUGACCACAUCCCUAAAAGCCAGUAUUCUCUCCAGAUAUGAUGAGGUCUUUCAUGCCCAUACUUCAGAUAUAAAAAGGGUGAAUGAGAAGAUAACUGUCGACUGUGAGAAGUUUCUUCAAUAUUAUGAAGACAGCUGUUCGCUCAUGGACGACUUAACCAGAUCUCUGCAACAGCGAGAAGAUGAACUAAAGAAAAAACAACGGAAGCUUCAAAAGGAAAAAACAAAGCUAGAACUCAAGAAGAGAGUGCGAGAAAGAUUAUCUUCCUGCAAACAGUUGAUCAACGAAAGCUGCACUUCUAGGAAACUCGCUGAAGAUCUAAAGGGUGAACUAGACAUGCUUCAUGAAAGAAGAGCUGAACUGGAAUCCCAACUGAAAACUGAAGAUUAUGAAAACCUAGAAAGCGAGAUUAUCCAACUUGAAACUGCUUUACAAGUCAUACACGAUGAUGACUGUAUAGACCCUGAAGAAAAGAUGAUGAAUUUAAAGAGAAAGUUGAUACUGAAGGAUGAAGAACUUCGAGACAUGAAAGAACAGGAAAACUCUUUUCGUUCAGCUCUUCAGACAAAAAACGAGGAAUUGCAAGAAGCUCGUUUGGAAUUUAUUGAUGGUUUAAAGGCGUGUUCUUUUGGUGGUGGCAUAGGCAUUAGGAGAAUGGGAUUGGUAGAUUCGACGCCUUUCUUUAUUGGAAAAAGGAAAGAGAAUGCAGCCAAGUUUUCAUCACUAUGCAGACAUCUUGUUGAGGAUCCAGAGUGGCAUCCUUUUACGACUAUCACAGAUGGAUCGGAUCAAAAGGAGAUUAUCAAUGAAGAAGAUGGGAAGAUGGUUAUUUUGAAGUCGGAAUGCAGUGAUGAACAGUAUCGUGCUGUUGUAACAGCGUUGGUAGAGAGGAAUCGGUAUCACAAGAAUGGAAGGGAUUUGAUGGAAGAGGUAUGGAAUUACAGGGAGAAUAGGGAAAUCACUUUGAUAGAAGGUAUUGAUUACCUUCUUAAAGAAUGGAAGAUUCAAAAGCAACGGAAAAGACGCUGCUAAUUAAAGCUUUAAUUAAACACCAUUUCAAUCUAACUUUUUGGCUUAUUUUAUGGAAAGGAAAAAUGCUUAUCCUUUUCUUGCCUUUUUUGGUCUUUGUAUAAACAUUUAGUUGAAAUUGCC